UUCAACUUCAGAAUUCCAUAUUGAACAGCGAAAGGUACAGAUAGUGAAACUUUUUAAAUGAUCCUUUAUUGACGAAGAUAUUUAUAUGUGUCUGCAGAUUUUCUCCGCAUAGAUAAACUCAUUUAACCAUGUGGGUGUCUAGUGUAAGACUGGCUGCUGACGCUUACCUUGUGUGUCUUCAUCAUGCCCUCACAACAGAGAAGGAAGAAGUGAUGGGACUGCUUGUAGGACAGUUCAGUGAGGGCAACGAAGUUACCUGUGAUAUUUAUUCGGCUGUUACACUGAGAAGAUCAGAUAAAAGAAAGGAUCGUGUAGAAAUAUCACCUGAGAUGCUGAUUGAGGCCCAGAACAAAGCUGAGCAAAUGUCAGCUUCCAGUGGACAAGAACUACACAUUGUGGGCUGGUAUCACUCUCACCCACACAUCACUGUUUGGCCCUCUGAUAUAGAUUUACAAACCCAGGCAGGAUACCAACAAAUGGACAGUAGAUUUAUUGGCCUUAUAUUCUCAGUUUACAAUGAAGACAAGAAAACCAAGAUAGGAAGCCAUCAGGUAACCUGCUUCCAAGCAACCAACCAGAGUCCAGAGGGAGAGGCUCCUCAGUACGUGCGAUUACCUGUUCCCCUGGAAAUUCAGCCGACCCCAAAUUUAGCCACUAAUAACCAACAGGCACUGGAGAACUUAUGUGCAACACUCUUUGAUGAGCAAAGUGAAGUGCUAGAGUUGUCAAGACAGCGGUCUCCCCAAUACCCACUUGCUCACUUACACAAUGCAGCUGUGAUGGUUCGCAGUGUUUGUGGCCUUAGUAGCCUUGUGUCAGGUCCUCUUGUCUGCACAAUGGAGGAACGAUUGCACCACAUAAGAGGCACUACGCAGCAUCUUAAGCAAGAAGCAGAGUACUUAAAGAACCUCCUUCUGGAAAAUGAAAUCAAAGUUCCUCUUUAAAAUUUGCAAAAAAUUCUAAGAGAUGUGUAAAAAUAAGGAAAUUUACAGUAAGAUACUUUG